CUGUGUGGAGAUAGAGGCAUUCGGAAAGGCUGCUAGCUUCAGGACUGUUUCUUUUCUGGAAAGAAUCCACACUUAUCCUUUUGUGACAACAGGGUUUGAAGGGCAAGCAUUGGCUGGAUUCUCCCAUUCCAUCAAAACAGUGGUGUAAAUGUGUGAGAGAGAAGGCAUCAAAGUAACAGGCACCAGGUCACACUGAAUUGGGCUGAUGAGCUGCAAAACCACAUCAGGAAUGUUGCAGGUCUCUGUGCUUCUGAUCUUCUUGAAUCUUGCUGUCUAUGGGAUCACCCAAGUUUCCAAUGAAACCCUAACUCUGGAAGCCAAGCCACAACAUGCUCUGAGAGGUGAGAAGAUUGCCAUCAACUGCCGGGCCCCAUUCUGGACCUUGAGGAGGCAUAAGCUUUUCAAAUUGUAUCGGAAUAAUUGGUUUAUAAAACAAACUAAAGAUGGUUCAUUCACCAUAAAAAGUGCAAAGCAUUCAGAUGAAGCAUCUUAUUGGUGUAAAUUAACAAUUGGCUCUCGACAGUGGGUUUCGAACCACCUAAGCAUCAGAGUAUCAGAACGCUUUGCCAAGCCCGUACUGAGGGUGGAGCCGGCGGCUGAAGUAUUUGAGGGGCUCCGGGUCACAUUGACGUGCAUUGCUCGGAGAGCACGGCGCUCCAUCCGGCUUCACUACACAUUUUACAGAGAUGGCAGCGCCCUGGAGACAGCGCCGGAUGCUGGCGGUGUGUACACGAUCAACGCAGCGGCUGCAAACGUUUCUGGGAAUUACGCCUGUGAAGCGAUUGAGAUGAAUUCUGGUCCGAGGAAGAGGAGCGACAAUGUUCACCUUUACGUAAAACAGGCGUUCGCUGUCCCGAAGCUGACUGUGUAUCCUGAGGGACAGCUAGUUGAUGGCCAAUGGUUUAAGCUGAUGUGCACGGUUGAAGAGAAUCUCUCUGGAGCUUUCUUGUGGUACGGCUUUUACAGAAAUGGGAUCCCUCUCCAGUCUCCAUCCGACCACAGCGAUUACAUCUCUGAGCCAGCUCGCCCAGCCGACUCGGGUACUUACCAUUGCGAAGUUACGGGCAGUAAGGUGCGGAAACACAGUAAUCAGCUCCAUUUGUCCAUCAGGCGAAUUCCAGUGUCAAAGCCAGAGCUAAUAAUUCAACCCGAAAAGGAGCUAAUUGAAGGAGAUGUGGGAUCCUUAAUCUGUUUAGUCUCUCAUGGUUCUCUGCCAAUUUAUUACCAAUUCUACAAGCGCUCAGGCGUGGAAAUGUUCUGGGAGCUUUCCAACACUACCAAGUGUGUUUACAACAUUGGAGCCAUCAGCAGAAGGGACAAAGGGAUUUACCAUUGCUCGGUGAGAAAUGAGGUGACAGGCCCUCUUCAGAGUGAUGGCAUUGAGCUCACAGUGAUAGUUCCUGUCACAGAUGCUGUGCUGAUACCCCGCACCAACGGGACUGAGAUACAGCCCGGGGAAUGCCUUGUUCUCCGGUGCCUGGUGAGGGAAGGCACUGAGCCCCAGUUCAUUUGGUACCGAGACAACGUGCCGCUAAGGAACGGCAGUGCGAGCUCCCAUGUGACUGCCGAUGGUGGUGAGCUGGUUAUUCAUUCAUUCCGGAGAGACAGUGUCGGGAGGUAUCACUGUGCAGCGAUCAACACAGGAACCGACGGCACCAUUUUUAACGUGACCAGCGACUAUAUCGAAUUCACGCUGCGAGCUCGGAGUUAUUCCACGGAGAUCAUGGCCUCGCUCGUCCCAGUUCUGCUGUUCGCCGGCCUGAUCGCGUCGGCAUGGUUCAUCCACCGGAGGGGGCACACAGCCAAUUCCUCAACUGUGUCACAGGCCAAGAGAUCCCAAGCUUCUGGUGAAGCGGCAGCAGCCAGCAACCUGGAGUAUGCAGUAAUCGGAGCAGCACACAAUGCUGAAAACACCACUGCGGACCUGGAUUAUUCAGUGGUCACCUUUAAGAAGAGAACAGAUGCUGGCAGCAGUGUUGGCGUCUCCUCCAACAGGAAGAAGGAUCCCAAUCCUGACCCGGAUGAUUAUUAUAUCACAUAUGCCACACUGAAAUAUAGUGAGCCCUCAGAGGGAGAAGACAGAGCGGAUGGAAACAUUUAUGAGAAUAUCCUGCUCAACUAAGAGGGAAGAAAACAGAUGAGGGGUGGCUCAUUUGAUUCCAUACACUGUUUGAUUAAGAGGUAUAAUAUUUGUGCCAUGUACAGUUAACAAACUUGUGAACUUUGCAUUGGAAACUGUGUUUCACAAGCUAUUUGAUUCUGCUCAUUUUUGGCUUGAGAAGCUACCUGCAUGUCGCUGCAUCUGUCAAUCUAUUCUGCACCGUAUAUCCAGCUGGGUUUUGAAUUUACCAAAAUAUUCUGGCUGCUGGUGGUCUUUGGAAAUUUAAUGCAUGCCUCUCCUUUACUGUCACACACAUAUCUGCGGAUUGAGCUUUUCAGUUGGUGCAUGUUUAAGGGGAAGAAUACAUCAUCUGUCCUCUUCUGUACAUGGGUGAGCAGGAAUCUAUCCCAUUCUAACCAACUUUGAACAGGAAUCUGACACAUGCAAGAUAUGAAAACAGAAACCAGCUAGUUUCAACGGUUACUUUCCUGAGUGAAAAAGACCUGUGUGGGCCUCUGUGUGGACCUGUUUAGGUGUGGGGUUUGAACGA